AUGGGCAGCUCCCAGCGUUUCUGGGAACUCCUCCUAGGCGAAGACACGCUCACUUGCCUACUCCAGAGAGACAACGCAAAGGAGUUUACGAGGGCUGACACCCCUCAGUGCCCUGAGGAUGAGUCAGCCCCCUUGGUGACGGCUGGCGAGGCAGCACAAGAAACGACAGUGCCUGCCGAGCUAGAAGUUGAGAGGCUUCUGCAGAUGACAGGCGACGAGCUCUGCAAGCAGCCUGCGCUGCUUCAAAUCGAGGCAGCGAAGCUCAGAAAUGCGCAAGACGAGCUAGCUGUACAAAAUUGUUCGUUGUUUCUGGCAUCUUCUAAAGCUCUCAACAGCCUGAGCUGCAGUGUGGACAAUCUCUCUGCUACUUUGCGGAAGAUAGCACAGUGCGUGCAGCCACUGCAGAGUGGCUUGAAGCAAUUUAGGACGGAGAGCAAUGCAGCGGCCAGCCAGGAAGCCUCUUUACACAUUCUCGUUUCGAUGCAGCACCUGGUCUCAGGGCUGCUGGAGCUGCCAUCAUUGGUGUUGCGUUGCUCAAAUGGAGGACUGCACGACGAGGCGGUGGAUGCGCUGAUGCUCGCAGAUGAGCAAAUUACCGCUCUUCGAACUCAUGGUUGCUGCAACUUGCGCCUGUUGGACUCUCUAGAGGUCCAGAUGAAAGACUCGAGAAACAGUUGCAUGAAGGCCAUGCUGCGGCAGCUUGGCCAGCACUCCCAACUGGCUGCUUCUAUAAAACUGAUUGGGCCCCUCCGUCGUCUCUCCUGUUCUGAGGAGCAGCUGAGGGCCAAGUUUUUGCAAAGGCGGGACGAAAAAAUUACGCGCGAGAGGCGCAAUGCUGAGCAAGCAUGUGAAAUGGAUGCAGCGCAAGGCUUGUGCGCAGCAGCAGAGCUACUCCGUGUGGAGAUCUUACAAACUGCCAUGCACUACAGGGCGAUAUUCGGCACGACAGACCGCCACUUGUCCGCCUGGCUAGCUGACCAGGUGCAUUGGUUUGUUAAACUGGUGCAGCAUGAACUGGCGAAGGGAGCGAAUGGCAGAACAGAAGCUACAGGGUAUCUCGACAGCGAGAGGCCCGUAUUCUCCCCUGCUGCAGUGGAGGCGAUUGUUGCUGCCUGGGGCAGUCAAGCAACGUCUUACCAAACCAGUGCUUUCAGAAUGGAACUGUCGGAACUCUCCACGGUGUAUAGACAGACGUACAAUGCUGCCUCCGCUCUCCGACGAGUACAAUGCGACUUCUUCCCGGCCGUCUCUCUGUCCUUUGACAGCCAUGUUGUUUCCCUCCACUCCCGAACCCUCGAGAGCGUUGGCGUGGCGUUUGCACGGAGCUUGGACGAAUACGACUUCUCCCCGGCUCCGCUGUACUUUGGUCUAAUAAAUAGCUCUCCUUGGCUUGCGACCUGUCUCUCGGCUGGCUCGUCGUGUCUCUUGCUGCUGCGUCACCCACCACUGGCCAACCUGUACAAUAGCAUUGUGGAGACCAUCAACGCCUAUCAGGACUGCCCCGUCGCCUCCGUGGCUGCUGCAAUUGUUCGCCUUGUGGAAAACUUACUUCUCUUCUGCGCGCACAAGUUGUUGGCGCUACGCCCAGCGAAGCGUCAAGAGCUCGAAUCGGAAAUCGCUGCCAUUGAGCAGAGCUUAAUCGACAAAAAGGAGCAGCAGGACCCUAUCAACAAGCAAGCAGAGUUUUUCGUGCUCUGUGAUAUCUUUGUUGGCGUCCUAGUCCCGACUCUCGCGAGCCAUGUUGCAGCGCUCAUCCCCUCCCAGGCAGCCCUUUGCCCUGAGAAAGUAUGUGCACCGAUAGAAGAGGCAGGAUUGUCUGCAUGUGCAACAAACCCUUUUGCCGUUCUUCCUGGUAAAGGCAACGCUCAAAUUUCUUCUAAGGAUGCCACCACCCAGUGA